CCAUGCGCCCUUUAUACACGAAGGUAAACAUUUAUAGUGACGGUCCCUCCUUGCUCCGCGUGUAUUACAAGCGGAGAAUUUCCACAACAAAUCCAAUUAGAGGAGAAGAAAGGAGGAUUCUCACUACAAAAUGAUCAUUCAGUACUUAACCAAACUAGGAAAUAAGAAUGUCGUUCUCGCCAGUGCCUCACCUCGAAGAAAGGAAAUUCUGCAAAAUAUCGGGUUGAAAAUAACCAUUGAACCUUCGAGCUUCAUAGAAAACUUGGACCCCAAUAGUUUCGCUCAUCCCAAGGACUUUGUGAUAGCUACAGCCCGGGGAAAAGCACAGGAGGUAGCCAAAAGGUUAAGCACGGCUCAGUCUCCUCCAGACUUCGUCAUAGGGGCUGACACUUGCGUCACUUUGGAUGGCACUGUUUAUGGGAAGCCCAAAGACAGAGAUCAUGCCUUCAGUAUGUUGAACAAUCUUAGUGGAAGGAGUCAUGAGGUGCUGACGGGCGUGUGUUUGAUGGUCCGCAAGGGGCAGGAAUGGCAAGAGGUUGACUUCAGUGAGACAACCACUGUCAACUUUGCAACAUUGUCACCUCAAGUUAUCAAUGCUUAUAUUGAUACUAAAGAACCCAUGGACAAGGCUGGUGGUUAUGGCAUCCAGGCUCUUGGAGGAAUGCUAAUAGAAGGAAUACAAGGCGACUACUACAAUGUAAUGGGAUUUCCUCUUCAUAGAUUUUGCCAGUCAUUGGUUCCCGUGCUAGAAGAAAUGUUUUCUUAGUGUGCUAGCAUGAGUGAAUGUUUCUUCUUUUAAGUUAAUUUAUACUGAUAGUUGUAAUAAUUUAAAGAAAUGUGUCCUAUGUUUCUGAUAUUUUGUUUUAACCAUUUCACUGAUGUGCUCUGAAAUCAUCGGCCAUAUUCACAAUCAAUGCAAAGCCCUCCGCAAUGGGAGUUUGCGAAGGUGAUCGCAUUGUUUUACCCACAGUCUAUGCGAUGCGACGGAGGUUGGUGUUGAUUGGCUCUCAGAACCUGACUUUGCAAGAGUUAGGCUCUGAGAGCCAAUGAGUGCUGACCUCUGUCACAUCGCAUUGACUGUGGGUACCCGUCACAGAGAUCUUCGCAUUGUUUGUGAAUAUGGCCGCAUAUGUAUCUCCUGUGUGAUAUUUGGAUUUUCUAAAUAACAUAUUUAGCAGUUUGAAGAUUCCUUCUUAUAGUACAUGUAUACUGGACAAUAAGGCAAUAAAUGUAUUUUACUGUAUUCCCUUGAAAAAAAGUAUUUUUAUUUGUAGUUAGUUGUAUGCCUGGCAGCCACAUUUCUUUCCAGUACGAAUAAUCUCCCUGACAAACAAGACCAGGUAUUAAUUCCUAAUCAUCAGCUUCUGUUGUAAUAUCACUGCCUUUUCUUAAUACAUGUUUUUCCAAUAUGUUUUCAAUUUCAAAGAAUAUAAUGAUGGAGUUUCGUACAACAAGGGCUUUGUCCAUGCACAGCCAUCCAGUGACUAUUCUAGGUUUUAUAAAGGAAUUACGCAACAGAUGUCAAAUGUAGUCUGUAUCACUGGGGGGAGGGGGGGAUGUGUGGACAUUGAACAGUGUCCGCAUCUGUGAAAGGGUUAAUGCAAUAUUUCAUGUAACUGAGGAAUAAAUAUCCUUAGGUCAGUCAGUCAAGUAUUUUUUAUAUUGAAUAGAAGAACAAGUUGAAUUUGUGAUAUAUAUAAGAUUAAGAUAAGUUUUAGUUUUAAGAAAAGUUUUCCUUUGUCAGAUUUAUUGUUUUUUAUUUCUUGUAAAGAAUGUAUUAUGUGCAGGGAUAUUUAAGUGAUAAAUUAAACAUGAAUAAAGCAUUUCAGUGUU